UCAAGUGUUGAUUCAAGUCGCACUUUUGUACGUGGUAAAAUACGAAAGAACAAACGAAAUGUCUAUGACUCGUUGAUACGUUACCAACGUGCACAUCGAUUCGCAAGAAUAAUGAAACGAAGGAUUUAUCUGCGCCGCAAUGCUGCAUGGGAACGAGAUGACCCAGAAGAGACGUUCAGCGUAGACUCUGCCAGUAGCGUAUGUGGGUCGGGCAAGGAAGACUCAAUGAGUCAAGAAUCUGCCCACGGACAAGGGAACAAUAAUGAACACGUCAGUGUUCAUACUGAAGCAUCUAGCUUUACCCCUCCCAUCCAAAAUGAACCCGUCAAUCAGCAAAAUGUUGGGAAUAACCCGAACGCGGAUGGUCAACCCGACCUUGUGAUUCCCACAUUCCUAGCAAAUGUAUUACAACAGAUAGCCAAUGCACCAAUGUUUCAACCACCUCCACCACCGCCACCGCGAGUGAUAACCUACAAAACAUUAAGGGAUAACGGUGCAGAAUUAUUCCUUGGGGAUCGCAUCGGUGAACCCCAAAUUGCAUGGGACUGGAUCGAGCAGACUGCUCGAGUGUUGGAGGAUCUUAAUGUACCCAUUGGAAACUAUCCCCGACUGGCGUCUCAGCUGCUUCGCAAGGAAGCCUACGAGUGGUGGAAGAGGACUGAUGAGAGUGCAGGAACCCCUAAGCCAUGGACAUGGACACAUUUCGAAUGGGCAUUCAAACAAGAAUAUAUUCCAAAACGUUUUAGUGAAGAAAAACGUAAGGAAUUUGUUGAAUUUCAACAGGGAGACAUGACACUCCCCGAGUAUCGUCAAAAGUUUACCAGUCUUGCUAAGUUUGCACCAACCUUGGUGAGUACCCCAACCGAUCGCAUCGAGGAAUUCAGGAAGAAACUUCGACCUGACCUUAGGUCGCGUGUGUCCGUCCUAACCACCGUGGAUUUCGCGGAGGCCUAUGAUCUCAUAGCCAGGGCAGAUAGCGACUUGAGUGCUUGCAUUGAGUAUCUGAAGACAAAUAAUGUCAGUUCAAGCACUCACCGUCCCAUCAGCUCUAUCUCAAAAGGAAAAAGGCCUUUCCAGGAAUCUAGCAAUUCACACUUCUCAAAGAAGGGGAAAUCGUUGCAGACGCACUCUGUGGCGUCGGAAAACAAAUCAAAAGGGUGGAAACACCCAUUGUGCGAUACAUGUGGGAGACAUCAUCCAGGCGAGUGUUGGCUUGCCCAAGGAUUAUGUCUAGGUUGCGGCAAACCUGGACAUUUUCGAAGGGAUUGCCCCACUAAUCCUGGAAAACCAUUUCCGACAGCCCCAGUUGUCAGCCAAUCAGCAUCAGCACGACCUACGCCAAGUCAACGAUCAACGGCAAGAUCUAAUCCGGCCAAGAACCAGAGUCAGCAACAGGGACGAGCUCCUGCUCGUACUUAUGCAAUGAAGGCACGAGCUGAGGAAAACCCUGACGUCAUUCAGGCAUUGGAAACUCCAAAUAGCAUUGAAAUCCUCACGCAGGCUUUGCAAGACUACCGGUGGGUGAGGAUGCUGCUGAUCGAAGAUGGGAAGAAGAACGAUCGUUCUGUACCCUAGUGUCUCAAGCUUUGAUCGAGAUUCUUUUCAUGGGUUUUAUGCAUAGAAAAGGCACACAAAAUGUUUGACAUUAUGUUCCAAUGAACCCCCUAAUUGUUUUACCAAUAAUGGAGCAUAGCAAAUCAGGUACUAAAAUAAUCUACAGAUCUACCU